AUGAAGUCUGGUUUACUAUUUGCUGUUAUUUUACCAGUUGCUUUUGCUGUGAAAAAAGACCAACAAAGUUGUAAUUCCAGCUGUAUCAAGGUCUUGCAGAAACAGCAAGAAUCUUGUCCAUCGGGUUCAGAUACCAAUUGUUUAUGUGAUUUAUCAGAUUCAGAUUAUUGGGAACCAUUGGCUGAUUGCGAUUGUAUUAAUCCAGACAAGAAAUUCUCAGCAUCAGAGCUUAAGAUUCAGAUAUGUGGGGGCACAUCAUCAUCAUCAUCAGCAACAACAACAACAACAUCUUCAUCUACAGAAGCUGAAACUACUGAACAACCAAGCAGCACCAGCAGUAGUAGCAGUGUUCAGUCAUCUGAAACUACUAUUCUCGAAACCCCAUCUAUACAAGAGCUCGACGCAGAAUCAACUAGCAGUCUUAUUGCUCCAUUAACUGAAUCAGCUGUGGCUGCUGUAGCAAAUACCGAUACAAAUACUUUAAUCGAACCGCAAAACACAGAGACUACACCACAGGAAGCUCCAUUAAUUCAGCCUCAACUAAAUAACGGAUCUGAUUGGAGCCAAGUAUCAGUUCAAGCAUUUGAGAACAAUGCCGGAAGAACAGUUGUUAUUGGAUCAGGUUCAUUACUUGCAUUGUUAUUGAAUUUUAUUUAA